CAGGUGGAAGACACGCUGUUUUGCGUUCCGCGAUUUGUGUUAGAACAGAGUUCCGACAUUUUCCGCGACAUGUUCGGCCUUCCUUCCGGUCAAAACAAUAAUGGAGAGGGUGCGAGCAACAAGGCCCCUAUCAUCCUCGAUGGUAUCAAGGUUUGGGACUUCAAACAACUGCUGCGAGCUCUGUAUGCCGCAAAGCCUGACCAAUCUGAGCCCGGAACCAUCGACGAGUGGACUGCCGUGUACAAGCUGUCUCAGAGGUGGGAGAUGGUGGCGUUGACUAAGUAUGCAAAAGAGAGGUUAGGAGAUUUGGCGGAGGAUCCGGUGGAGAAGGCAGGUCUCGCUCAAGACCUAUUCAUUUUUGAUUGGAAGGUCGCAGCAUUCCAGGAGAUCGUACGAAGGGCCGAGCCACUGUCUAUGAGAGAAGUCGAAAGGCUGGGAAUUCAUACAGUUGAAAAUAAACUGUUUCGCGUUCCACGCGUGGUCCUACAAGAGAGCUCCGACGUUUUCUGCGACAUGUUCAGUCUUCCUUCUGGACCAAAUAAUGGCGGAGAAGGCGAAAGUAGCAAGGACCCCAUCGUCCUUGAUGGAGUCACUGUUUGGGACUUCAAGCAACUGCUGCGAGCUCUACAUGCAGAAGAUCCUAAUCAGUCCGAGCCGAACACUAUAGAAGCGUGGGUUGCUGUGUACAAGCUAUCACAGCGUUGGGAGAUGACGGCUCUGAGCAACUAUGCCAAAGAAAAACUGUGGAAUCUGGCGGCCGAGGAUCCGGUGGAGAGGGCAGGACUCGCUCAAGAUCUGAACAUACCCGAUUGGAAGAUCCCUUCAUUUCAAGACAUCGCUCGAAGGAAGGAGCCGUUGUCUAUGAGAGACGUUGAGAGGUUAGGUGUCCAAACUGUGCUCAAGUUGGCUCAAGUUCGCGAAUGUGCUUUCUCGUCUAAUAGCACAAGAUGCUGGAAGAGGACAGGUGCAUCUCAAAUAGACUUCACGUCGAUGAUACAGGAAGCAUUCGGGGACGAUCUCAAAGAAUAG